AUGAAUGCGUUGAAUGAGGAUGAAGUAGAGGUUCAACCUGCCCAUGUUAAUGAAGUAGAUAGUACGGAUAAAGAAGUGAGAAAAAGAGAACAUUGGAGGCAUGUAUUAACAAGGAUAAUCGCUAUUGUUAAAAGACUCGCCAAAAAUACCUUGCCAUUUCGAGGAGAUGAUGAAAGACUAAAUGUUGAGAAUAAUGGCCUAUUUUUACAAAUGAUGGAAAUAGUUAAUGAAUUUGAUCCAUUGUUGGCUAAUGAGGUGAGAAAUGCAAUUGUCAAGAAAGUUAAAGAUGCAAAAUAUUUCACGAUUAUAUUUGAUUGUACUCCAGAUGCAAGUCGUGAGGAGCAGAUGUCUUUAAUAGUACGAUUUGUAGAUGAUUCAGCAAACUUACCUACAGUUGAGGAACAUUGGCUUGAAUUUUUGAAGGUAGAUGACACAACAGGACUUGGACUUGCAACCGAGCUUCAAAAGGUUUUGAUCAAACUUGAUCUGGAUAUUGAUGACAUUAGAGGGCAAGGGUAUGAUAAUGGAUCUAACAUGAGCGGGAAGCACAAAGGUGUACAAAAAAGAAUAAGAGAAGUCUUACUUGAUUUGGCAGAAUCUAACGAAGAUCCUAAAGUGAAGAGUGAAGCCGAGUCGUUAGUAACACAUGAACUUCAGAAUUUUGAGUUCUUGCUUGGCAUAGUAAUCUGGUAUAGGUUGUUGCAUGCAGUCAAUAUUGUGAGUAAAUUUCUUCAAACCGAAUCCAUGGAUAUUGAUCAUGCUAUCGAUCUAUUGCAAGGACUUGUUUUACUUUUUGAAGAUUAUAGAGAAAUCGGAUUUGCCAUUGCUAUGGAUGAAGCAACAAAAAAGGCAAAUGAAAUGGGAAUUGAAGCUGUAUUUAUAGAAAAACGCAUAAUUCGAAGGAAAAAACAUUUUGAUGAAAGCGGUAGUGAUGAGAUAGUUAGCAGAUACAACAUUGAUUCUCUGCUUAGGAAGUAUUUUAAGAAGGUUGAUAUUGACAGGGCAAUAGGGCUUGAUGAUAGAAUGAGUAGGUAUGUGCAACAUGGGAUGUGUAAGGAAGCAAUGGAGGCUAUCAAGAGAAUAUCACAGGCCAAAUCAUUGGUUACAUACACCGAAAACUCCACCAGCAAUCCCAAUUCAUCACUAAUACUUGGUCAUAGAGCAACUAUAUAG